AGAUGUUCAGAACCAGUAUCUUAGAGCACAUCCCCCAGGCAAAGAAAUGUAGCAAUAAAAAGAGAAGGACAUAGCAUGAGAAAAAAGGCAGGCUGUCAACCAAUGCCUAAAAUGUAGAAAGUUCUCUCAAGUUGUUUUUACAAUAGUCUGGAAAACACAGUCUCAUUCUGAAAGACACUGUUCCUUUAAAUUGCUUACUGAUCCCACCCAGAUCUUGCACCCUGGCCAAAUGCCUGACCACUCUUGCUUUAACUUAGUCGAAUAAACAUGAAUAAAAGACUGCAAAAGAUCCUAAAGCAAAGACUUUUAUUUCCCACAGAACAGAACAAUAUCAAAUAGCUAACUUCACCCCCUACCACAGUCCUUGCUGUUGGCAUUUACUCAACUAGUCUUUAAUUCCUGUUUGACAAACUUAAUAAGGUGCUACAAGGCAGAUGAUUUUUCACCAUCUACCAUAAUGUGGAACAGAUAUUUUGUCUUCUGUACCCUGCUUUUGUCAGCGUUUAUGAGUCAAACAGUAUCCGGACAAAGAAAGAAAGGACCAAAGCCAAAUUUGCUUGCAAGGAAAAGUGAUGUCCAGGGCUCCAUUUGUUUCAUAGAUAUUGUCUUCAUCGUGGACAGCUCUGAAAGUUCUAAAAUUGUCCUCUUUGAUAAACAGAAAGAUUUUGUGGAUAGCUUGAGUGACAAGAUUUUCCAAUUGACUCCUGGUCGUUCCUUGGAAUAUGACAUCAAACUGGCAGCCCUUCAGUUUAGCAGCUCUGUCCAAAUUGAUCCACCUUUUUCUUCUUGGAAGGACCUGCAGACAUUUAAGCAGAAGGUUAAGUCUAUGAAUUUAAUAGGGCAAGGUACCUUCUCUUAUUAUGCCAUCUCCAAUGCCACUAGGCUACUUAAGAGAGAAGGGCGUAAGGAUGGUGUGAAAGUGGCUUUGCUGAUGACUGAUGGCAUUGACCAUCCAAAGAAUCCAGAUGUUCAAAGUAUUUCUGAAGAUGCCAGAAUUUCAGGAAUAUCGUUUAUCACCAUUGGACUUUCUACAGUAGUCAAUGAAGCCAAACUUCGUUUGAUUUCUGGGGAUUCAUCCAGCGAACCCCCUUUACUGUUGAGUGAUCCAACACUUGUAGAUAAAAUUCAAGAUCGCCUGGAUAUCUUAUUUGAAAAGAAGUGUGAACACAAGAUUUGUGAAUGUGAGAAGGGAGAUCCAGGUGAUCCAGGGCCUCCUGGUACACAUGGAAACCCAGGUAUCAAAGGUGAGCGAGGACCAAAAGGAAGCCCGGGCGACGCUCAAAAAGGAGAAGCUGGAGAAAGAGGUCCUGGGGGAAUUCCUGGGUACAAGGGUGACAAGGGUGAACGUGGGGAAUGUGGUAAACCAGGAAUAAAAGGUGACAAAGGAUCCCCAGGACCAUAUGGACCAAAGGGACCAAGAGGAAUUCAGGGAAUUAGUGGACCUCCAGGAGACCCAGGCCCAAAGGGGUUUCAAGGCAAUAAGGGUGAGCCAGGUCCUCCUGGUCCUUAUGGUUCUCCAGGAGCUGCUGGAAUUGGACAGCAAGGUAUUAAGGGAGAAAGAGGCCAGGAAGGAAGACCGGGAGCUCCAGGACCCAUUGGAAUCGGUGAGCCUGGACAGCCAGGUCCCCGUGGUCCUGAGGGAGUACCAGGAGAGAGGGGCUUACCCGGAGAAGGAUUUCCAGGACCAAAGGGUGAAAAAGGUUCUGAAGGACCAACUGGCCCACAGGGAUUACAAGGCCUGUCAAUCAAAGGGGACAAGGGGGAUAUGGGACCUGUGGGACCCCAAGGACCAAUGGGGAUCCCUGGAAUCGGGAGUCAAGGGGAACAGGGAAUCCAAGGUCCUAUUGGUCCACCUGGUCCACAAGGGCCCCCAGGACAAGGCUUACCUGGUUCCAAGGGAGAAGUAGGCCAAAUGGGACCUACAGGCCCUCGAGGACCAGUGGGAAUUGGAGUACAAGGUCCAAAGGGGGAGCCAGGCUCAAUAGGGCUCCCAGGACAACCAGGAGUACCAGGAGAAGAUGGAGCUGCUGGGAAGAAGGGAGAAGCGGGGCUUCCAGGAGCAAGAGGCCCAGAGGGACCACCUGGAAAAGGACAGCCUGGCCCCAAGGGUGAUGAAGGCAAGAAAGGGAGCAAAGGAAAUCAAGGACAGAGGGGACUUCCAGGGCCCGAAGGACCAAAGGGUGAACCGGGCAUUAUGGGCCCUUUUGGAAUGCCUGGAACAUCAAUUCCCGGACCACCUGGGCCAAAGGGAGAUAGAGGAGGACCUGGGAUACCUGGAUUUAAAGGAGAACCCGGACUUUCUAUUCGAGGACCAAAGGGUGUCCAAGGCCCUCGGGGACCAGUGGGUGCUCCAGGACUCAAAGGUGAUGGCUAUCCUGGUGUGCCUGGACCUCGUGGAUUACCAGGACCCCCUGGGCCGAUGGGUUUACGUGGAGUGGGAGACACUGGAGCAAAGGGAGAGCCUGGGGUCAGAGGCCCUCCAGGUCCUUCUGGGCCUCGGGGCAUAGGAACCCAAGGGCCAAAGGGUGAUACUGGGCAGAAAGGCUUGCCUGGCCCUCCUGGCCCCCCUGGCUAUGGAUCACAAGGAAUUAAAGGGGAACAAGGACCACAAGGCUUUCCAGGCCCAAAGGGCACAAUGGGCCGUGGCCUCCCAGGCCAGAAGGGAGAGCAUGGAGAACGGGGCGAUGUGGGAAAGAAAGGUGAUAAAGGAGAAAUUGGAGAGCCUGGAUCUCCAGGAAAACAGGGUUUACAAGGACCCAAAGGAGACCUAGGACUUACAAAAGAAGAAAUUAUCAAACUUAUUACAGAAAUAUGUGGUUGUGGGCCCAAAUGCAAAGAGACUCCGCUAGAGCUGGUGUUUGUGAUUGACAGCUCAGAAAGCGUGGGGCCAGAGAACUUCCAGAUCAUCAAAAAUUUUGUGAAGACUAUGGCUGACCGGGUUGCUCUGGACCUUGCCACGGCCCGCAUAGGCAUUAUCAACUAUAGCCAUAAGGUGGAGAAGGUGGCUAAUUUGAAGCAGUUCUCCAGCAAGGAUGACUUCAAGUUGGCUGUGGAUAACAUGCAGUAUCUUGGGGAAGGCACAUACACAGCCACUGCUCUCCAAGCAGCCAACGACAUGUUCGAAGAUGCAAGGCCAGGUGUAAAAAAAGUGGCCUUGGUCAUCACUGAUGGGCAGACAGAUUCUCGUGAUAAAGAGAAACUGACAGAGGUGGUGAAGAAUGCCAGUGACACCAAUGUGGAGAUAUUUGUGAUAGGGGUGGUGAAGAAAAAUGAUCCCAACUUUGAAAUAUUCCACAAAGAAAUGAAUCUAAUUGCUACUGACCCAGAGCAUGUUUACCAGUUUGAUGAUUUCUUUACCCUGCAAGAUACCCUGAAGCAAAAAUUGUUUCAAAAAAUUUGUGAGGAUUUUGAUUCCUAUCUCGUUCAAAUCUUUGGUUCAUCAUCACUUCCACCUGGAUUUGGGAUGUCAGCGGAAGAACUCAGUGAACCUACUCCAGAGCCUCAAAAAGAAAUUUCUGAGUCAAUAAAUCACCUUCAGAUUAAGUAUUUGAGUGCAGAGAGACCUGACAAGGAAGUGAGUUUGAUUCUUGGGGAGAAUCAACCAAGAAGGACUCCUGAGAAGCCAGACAAUUUGAAGAUGCUGGCUGUGGAGCCCACUAGCAGUAGAAUCCCCAGAGCCAAAUUGGAGAAAUUUUGA